AAACCAUAUGCAAAGAGGCAGAUCAGCUUAAUAAUCCCAAAUAGCCAUUAGAGAGGCAGAAAAUUCAUAGCAUGGAUUCGGAUCUGAAGCAAGCAGCAUGCUUAGGCGAAAUAGAGUUCCUCCACAGAGCUUUUGCUACAAAAUGCACGGAUUACUUCUUAUCAUACUACUCUUCCCCAGACGGGGAUCAUGAAAUUAUGGGUAAUAUUUUUCACCUGGCAGCACGAAAAGUCAAAGUGGAAUUCAUGAGAGAAGCCAUGAAAAUACUCCCAAGUGAGCUUGUUCUACGACUGCUGUCUCAGCAGGAUGAAGACGAUUGGAAUCCCCUCCAUGUCGCGGCAUCAAUGAUAGAUUGUCUUGAAUCCGUGAGGCUCAUCCUUGGCUUCUAUAAAUCUGUUUCAGCCCAGUAUCAACAUCAUCCUCUUGGUAAAGCUAAGCCUUGGUUAGCUCUAAAUGAGGACAAGCGUACGCCAUUGCACUUAGCCUUGAGCACCACAGAGAAGACAGAGAAUGACGAGGAAUGUGCAUUAGAGAUUUUGUCGAUGGAUAAUCUUGAAUCGUUUUGCAACAUUGUUGAUGAAAGCGGGAAUAGCCCACUUUUCUUUGCCGUCAAAAAUGGGUUUGACAGAGUUGCUGAGAUGAUAUUGAUGUCUUCUUCAUCCUACAGUUUAAGUGGUGAAAACGGUUCAACUCCUCUUCAUUUUGCACCCAACUGUUCAGGAUGCUCAGACGGGGACGAUCAUUGGGCGUGGUACUGAAAGAGGUGGACUAUACUAUGUUGAUGAGGUGAUUCAAAAUAGUGGUGCAAUUCUUGCUCAUGGAUCUCCUGUUCACAAAUUGAGGACUUGGCAUCGCCGUUUAGGUCAUCCAUCCGUAGGUUAUUUAAAACGACUUUUUCCUUCACUGAAUAGUUGUAAUGCAUCUCUAGAUUGUGAAACUUGUAUCUUAGCUAAGAGUCACAAACAGUCCUAUGUUCCUAGCAAUACCCGUGCUCCAAAACCCUUUGAUGUAGUGCAUUCUGAUGUAUGGGGCCCAGCCCCACAUACUGAC